UUCACAUUCAUGUUUUAUAUGUCGCUGUGAUUUCAAAAUAUUCAGAAUCAAAUUAUAUUGGAAACAUUCCAAGCGUUAACAUGGAGUUGGAUCCUGACUUUGUCAAAGAAUUCGCUUGCCUCAAGAUCUCCACACGCGACAUAAGUGCCGAGGAGCUGGCCAAGUUCGAUGCGAGUGUGCCAAUUAAGCCACGCGCCCAGGUGAAGCAUUCAUCGUUUAAGCAUGUGCCACAAUUCUUUUAUGUGCCGCCGCCACCGGAUGAUAAGCUGCGGCAUUUGUUGCGACGGGAAGCGCAAUCGCUAUUCCUGCAGCAGAAGUCCGAGGAGCUGCUGGACAACAAUGAGCUGCAGGAACUGUGGAGCCGCUUGGAGCAACACGUCACAGAGACAACCGCCAAGAAGCAGCAGCUGAUCAGCUACGACGACUACUGCAAGCUGAGGGCUACGCUUAGCAAGAAGUGCCGCAAGUAUCUCUCGACCCGUCUCUUUGCACAGCUGCUCAGUGAUUCCCCUUACCUGGGCAGCGUGGAGAUUGCCUCCGUGUUCAAUUACACCAUGCGCAAGGUGUGGCUAACGCAGUGUCGCAUUGGACUCUCCUUUUACGAUGACGUCGGCCAGGGCUACUUGCGUGAGUUCGACUUGGAGAACUACAUUACGGACCUGAUACCAACACUGGUGCAGAUCCGCGAUGGCAUGGAGCCUGCAUUCGAGAGGUUUUAUGUGUGCACGGUGGUUAAGAGGUUUUACUUCUUCCUCGACCAUUUGCGCACGGGGCGUAUACGCAUUCGCGAUAUGCUAGUCUCGGGCAUGAUUCACAAGUUGAUGGAACUGCGCGACGAGCUAAAGCCCUCUGAGUCAGAGCCCAUGCAGCUCAACUACUUUUCCAUGCCCGCCGUUCUUGCGGUGUAUGGCAACUACCUCAAGCUGGACCUGGAUCACAAUGGCCUGCUCAGCAAACAGGAGCUGAGAAGAUAUGGCUCAGGCACGCUUACAUCAGCCUUUAUGGAUCGUGUCUUCGAGGAGUGCCACACAUACGAUGGCGAAAUGGACUACAAAACAUAUUUGGGUUUUGUCCUUGCCCUGGAGAAUCGACAGACAUCCUCCUCGUUGCACUACUUAUUCCGAAUGCUGGACGUGCAGCACGCUGGCUACCUGACGAUGCAGACGCUUAAUUACUUUUUCAAAGGGUUGGAAGAGCAGUUGGUGCUAAGUAUCGAUGCAGUCAGGUUCGAGGAUUUCAGCAAUGAGAUAUUCGACAUGGUUAAGCCCAAGGAUCCGUGCAAGAUAACGCUAAAGGAUCUGAGCAAUUGCGGCCAGGCAGAGACUGUGGUAUCCAUAUUAAUUGAAUUUCAUAAAUUCUUGGCUUACGAGAACCGCGACGACAAUCCGCAGAAUGCUUAAUGGGCGCAUGCCACACAGCGGUAGCGGUAGCAGCAUCACCAGCACCAGCAACAGCAACCAAAGUAAAUGCGGCAACAACAUUAAGCGAAAUUUAAUUAAAAUCCCGAACAGACAAAUAACAUCAGCAUGCAUACUCCUACGAAAGAGGCGUCAACCCUUUGUGUCUGGCCCCGACUUUGACUACAGAAAGACCCAUCCAGACUAACUAAAAUUGAUGUGAAACUUCUUGUCCACUUUUUGAUUCAGCCUUUGAGUAGUGCUCAACAGUGUUGCUCUCUUACUUCAGUCUUGCAGAAUGAUUCUUACCCAUUAUCAGCAAGCACUUUGGACCAGACAUUUUAAUUAACCCAUCAUAUUUUUACUUUAUAAUUUUCUACAAAGUCCAGCAAAGUAAAAAAAAAUUAUCUUCAUUUAGAGCACAUUCUACAGCACUGCGGCUGAGUUGUGCAAAUUUUUUAUUUCCGUACCAAGACAUUUACAGUAUCAAACAACAAUCAUUUAAUUAUACACGUUCAGCUGAUAAUAUAAAUUAUUUGUGCAUUGACAGUUUGCGCUCAUUAAA